AUGCCACCGUCUAACAGCGGUGAAGGCAAAAGCCUGGGGGCCGCCUACUGCUAUCAAUUGCCCCGCUGCCGCUCAGGUGGCGAUCAGCCUGAUGAGGGCAGAGGCAGUAGGAUCCCUUCGAAGCCUAAUGCCCAAGCUCCAAAUCAACUGGCCCAGCGGGAUUCCCAACCCACUGCCCUGAUCUGA